AUGCAGCCCGCCAGUGGUGCAGCCCGCCAGUGGUGCCGCCCACUAGUGGUACAGCCCGCCAGUGGUGCCGCCCGCCAGUGGUACCUCCCGCCAGUGGUGCCGACUGGCAGUGGUACAGCCCGCCAGUGGUGCAGCCUGCCAGUGGUGCCGCCCACUAGUGGUGCAGCCCGCCAGUGGUGCCGCCCGCCAGUGGUGCCGCCCGCUAGUGGUGCAGCCCGCCAGUGGUACCUCCCGCGAGUGGUGCCGACUGGCAGUGGUGCAGCCCGCCAGUGGUGCAGCCCGCCAGGGGUGCCGCCCACUAGUGGUGCGGCCCGCCAGUGGUGCCGCCCGCCAGUGGUGCCGCCCGCCAGUGAUGCCGAUCACCAGUGGUGCCGCCAACCAGUGGUGCCGCCUGCCAGUGUUGCGGCCUACCAAUGGUGCCGCGAACCAGUGGUGUCGCCCGCAAGUGGUGCCGCCUGCCAGUGA